GCCGUGGCAGCGCGGUGAUGUCGGCAUGGAGGUGGUGGUGCGGCUGGCGCUCGUGUGGGUGCUCGCGGUGAGCGGCGCGCCGAACGCGACGCGCGCCCGCCGCCCCGACCAGCUACAGGGCGCCGCGCCGACCGCGCCGACCGCGCCGAUUGCGCCGACCGCGCCCGACGACGACGACGACCGCGCCGCGCACGACGACUACUACGAUGAGGAGAGAUACAACAUAUCCGAGAAGGGCAUGUACCUGGGCUCGCCGUGCGAGGUCACAUGCAACCCUAAGUUGGUGCACGUGUACUGCGAGCCGACCACCCAGUCGUGCCAAUGCGACACCAAGCACCCAGUCGCACUCGGAGUCAACAAAGGCUGUGCUAAACCCAAGAAACUCGGGGAGCAGUGCUUCUAUCGUCAGACAUGUCGCGCGUUCGACGCACACGCAUCGUGUGUGCAGGUCAACCACAACGCGUACUGCCAGUGCGACCCUGGCUACCACAGCACCACCCACUCUAGACCCACACAGAGGGUCUUCUGCACUGAAGAUCUGGUGCUGCUGACAGCGGACAUGCCGACGCUGCUGGGCGUGGCGUCGGGCAUCUUCGUGCUAGCUGGGCUGCUCUGCAUGGUGCUGCACCUGUACACCAGGGCGCGGUUCCAUCCCACGCAUCUAGCUGAUGCCAGACUUACGCCACCGUGUUUGUACUCGCUCAACGACACAGGGGGCACAGUGAGCGGGACGCGCGCGUCGUCCCGCGCGUCGUCCCGCAGCGGCUGCACGAGCGGCACGCUGGAGCUGGAGUCGUCGGCGUCGCGCCGGGCGUCGCGGCGCGGCGGCGGCGGCGUGCCGGUGUCGGCGUCGCGCGCAGGUUCGCGACGUCCAAGUCUAAGUUCUGUGCAAAGCAGCUCGUCUUCUAUCAGGAGUUACAGUGCCAGAAGGUGGGAAAAGGAGAGAGAACAAAAAGAAAGACGGCAAAUGAGCAUGCGGCUCGCUCAAUUGCACGACAAGAUGGCGGCUGGGCGGGAAAUUCCGAAGCACGCGCCGACGCCGUCGCCCCGCUCGCCAAAUAACUCCACAGAUGGGCUGCUACCAGCUGUAUGUGAAAUUAGAGAACUCGUAUCGAACCCAGAGCAACAGCUGCAGGGCGUGGACGGCCCAUGUUCUAGCUCGUCCCUUUACUGACAACACGCUCACCCGAAGACGCGUCGGUCACUGGACUCGCUUGCCUCGGAUGGUGCACCAACCAUCGCCUGGAUGUAGACUGAAUGGAUCUAAUCCCUCUAGAUGGAGUGCCCCUUAACAAACGCUUCGGCAGACAACUCAACGUUUAUUUUAAAAAUUGGCACGCUUUUACAAUUGCAUUAAUUUUGCAAUUGGUGGCUCUCAUAUUGUCAAUAUUGUACUUUAAAUCCCUUAUUCAUAAAUUAAGACCUUAUAAACACCUAUUUAAAAUGUAUGAUUUCCUUUAAAUUGAAAAUGUAACUCAAAAAAACAAAACAAAACACUUCAAUAGUUAAAUAUUGAACCUGUUUGACUAUUUAUAGGGGAUCAAAUUGUUCUACACACGAAAUUGAAUAUUUGAACAACGUAUAAAAAAAGGCAUCAGCAAAAAAUUGGCUCAGCAUUUUUUGACUGGCAGUUUUUUACAAUCGACGCUCCAUCUAAAUGAAUACGAUCUAACCCGACCGUCUGGACUUUCGUGAUGCGAAAUCGCAUCUCAUUUUAGGACUACCCAAGUGCGUUAGUGUACUUAUAGUGUUUGGACCAUCGAAGUGAUCUUCGAAACGACGUGUCUUAAAACUGUUGUAAGUGCGAAUUUUGAACCCCCAUAUAGAAACUCCAUAAUGAUGAACAAUUACAUAGAAUAGUUUGACAAGUCCCACUGACUUAGAUUGAGCGCUUCGUGCUUUUAGGCGUAUAAUUAUAAAAUUUAUUAAAAACUAGCAACUAAUAAGAGAAUGUUAAAGUAUGUUUCAAUACCUUUGGCGUUGACAUUGGUGUUUGGAAAGUGACAGCUCUCAGUUUUUGCCUAAUUAGAAUUCAAGAUAAAUUCUUUGCUUGAAACGGAACGUCUUCAAGGAACCGUUUAGCUUCAAAUGAAUUGAAAUUAUUUUCUAAGUUAAAAUUAUAAAAUAGAUAUGUUUUUAUAAAUCAACAUUUAUUACUGGUUGUAUUAAUGGUGAAUGUAUUAAAUUAUUUAUAACAAUAUGUCAUACAUAAUAAUAAUAUUUAUCUUUUACCCUUUGGUAUUUUCCUUGGUUGGUUUAUACCAAAAAACAUUUAUGUUCUUUUUCCGGUUUCUCGCAUGACAUUACGAUUGAAAAUUGUUGCUUUUUGAAGACUAGGCAGCAUGGUCUCCGACCUUAGCCUGUUCCAAACGGAACAAACGUACUAAAAAAAAAAAAAAAAAAUGAAAAUUGUUGUUACUUAUUAUUGUAAGAGAUAUUUAUUAAGCAUGUACGAAAAUAAUUAUAAUAUAUGUAUACACGGACGCAAAUAUAUUUUGUCGAUAUUGAUUUAAUUAAUUAGAUAUUGAUAAAACUUAUACUAUAUAAUGUGAAAUGAGAUUUGGAAGACACUCUUAUCCUGGAAAGAACACUUUUGGGAAACUUUGACUUUUUGAUUGCAUUGCAUUAUCAAAUUUGCUUUUUAGAUCUCACUUGUUCUUAAAUAUUCGAAUAAUAUUGUAUGAUAAGAAUAAGAGUGUCGUCCAAACAUAAAUGAAAUUAUUAAUAUUCGUUGAAAAUUUUAAAGUAUAUUAUUUAAUAUGUUUAAGUAAACUACAAAAUAUUUGAUCUUCAAACAAUAGAUAGGCAUUUAGGCUGGCAUUGACAUUUACAUUGUACAUGUAUGUAAGGAGAAAAAUUGACAGUUGCAAUGGGCGUUUUUGUAAUUUACCAUAGCACGGCAAAAUAUCGUAUUAUAUUACCGUCACAAUAUAAAACACUACACAAUUUUAUGCAAAAAUUUGACCUUUGCCUUAUCUGACAUCCAUAGACAAAUUUCUAACGACGAAAAAAAAAACAAAGAUCAAUUUAACGUAAUCCUUUUUUGGUCCUAUAGUACCUCUCUUAUACUUCGGCGUACCUUUUUAACCACAGCGUCUCUUGUGAACCUUGGCGCCCCCUUUUAGAUCUCGGCACCCCUGAACCUGCCCCUAAGACCCGUAAUGAGCUUGACGAUAUGAUAAACGUGCACGGAAAUAUAAAAAAUCUACCUACUUAUAAAUUAUAAUAGCGCCCAUUAUCAUAAUAUUAUUCAUUGUUGUCUAUGAUAACUGUACCAUAGACAUCUUUCAAUUUGUUUACAGAUGGAACCCAAAUCUAAUUUCUGUAUAUAAAUAAAAAAUAAUUAACUUUUUUUAAAUUUACGUUACGAAGUCUAGAUAAAAGUUCAACCCGUAAACAUUCAAUUUAAAAGACGAUUGAAAAAUUAAUUAAAUGGUAACCUGAAUAAUUUCCAUUACCUUGACACGCCAAAACUACAAAAACUGUCGUAUUUAGCCACGACAGCGACCUCGGCCCGAUGAAUUGUGUUGGUGUCGUGCGCAAUAUCUAGACAGAAGCUCCAGUUCAAAUUAAUAGACUUGUCAAGCCGACAGUUGGGGAGUAUUAAUAAAAUGCAGUAUUUAUUUAUAAGAAACAGCUUGUUAUGCUGUCGCCGCAUAUUUCAAGAAACACACUAUAGAUAUAAUAAGCAUACAUUUUAAAUAUAAAAUAAAAUGCGACCUGACAGUCACCUUGACUCUUGUGUAUAGAAUAUUGAAGUAGAGUAGGUCCUUGAAACAAAUUCAAUCUAAAGAAAUAUUAGCAAUAUAAUUUACAGUUUUCCAAUGGACACGUGUAGUGUAGUAGUGCGAAGUAAAAAAGGGACGGGUGUGCCCCGAACUGUCAUAUAAUCGUUCGGGACUUGCCAAAUGGUUGACGCACGAAAUUUUACUUUAGAACAAAGGCGUUGGGAAGCUGUUGUUCCUUAUGUUGUAGUAUUAUAUAGAUCAUAUACAUGUAGACAAAGUACCUCCCAACUAAAGUAGCCUUUUAUUGAAAACGAAGCGCUUUUAAAAUUCUAUACCUACGUCUUAUAACUAACUAAUAGCUUCACACAAACUAUAAUUUGUUUUAUUUAUAUUUAUUUUAUUUCACUUUCAAACUUUCGUGUACCAUAACCCACCACGAGAGAUUUGAACAUGCAACAUAAGAAACGUGCUUUGGGACUUUUUCUUACUUGAUAUUCCAUCUAGAUUUAUAUGAUCUAUAUCAAAUGCAAAAACAAUCCUUAUGUACCUAUUCUAAAUCAUAAUGUAAAAGUAUGGCAGUAAAACUAAUAUAUAUGAAUACAAGGUUGAUAGAUGUAUAAACACAAUAAUUAAGUGUUUAUUUAUGAAGGAAGUGAAGUCUGAUAUGGUGUUAAAUAGUUCAUUAUUAAGAGUAAUUCCUGGGAAUGAUAACCUCGCCUGCGCUUUGGUUUAUCCUGAUUAAUUCCUGGGAGUAAUAUAGUAACAUAGAGUAUAGAAAGCAAACUAGAACUAUGUAUAUUUGUACAAUUAAAACCCCUAAACUAAGGUGUUUGGCAAAGAAUAAAUAAAAAAGGAAUUACUUUUCAUUUCUAAUUAAGCAAUUUAUAAAACAAUCAGAAAACAUAGGCUAACAAAACUGUAGGAAAAAUUAGAAUUAACUGUUAUUAUGGUAAAAUCUAGAAUAAUAACAUCUGUUCAGAUGGAGUACCUCACUACAAACAGCUCGCCAAAUUAAUCUAUUUUUUAUGUAUAUAUUUUAUGUAUAUUUAUAUCAGAUAUCACACGUUAUACGAUUCGUCUGUAUAUGUUUGAAUAUAAAAACCAAAAUGUUUACAAUUAUUACUUAAAAUAUCGAAAGGUGGCGCGUUUAUAUUAGAACUAAAAAUCAGCCAAUCAACCAACAGUUGACCGACUGUUUUUAGAGCGUUUUCGACACUUAACGCUCCAUCUAGAAAUGUUAUAAUCUAGGCAAAUUACAUUAACACAGAUGUUUGUAGAGUCUUUAUUUAUUUAUUAAUUUAAAAUAGGUACACCAACAGUAAUAUAUAUUAUACAUAAAUUAAUUUUUUUUGUGCAUUGUACUGAUAUGUAAACCUAUAGUUUCUUUUGCAAUAUGCGACGAUGGCGGGACCUUAGUUUGUGCCAAAUCGGGAUACGAGAAUUAAAUCUAGACAUGGUAUUCAAUGUUAUUAUGUACAUCUAUAUAUAGGCACGUACUUGCAUUUCUACGUGGCAGAUGGUAACGUGGCCUUUGACUAUAUACGGACAUAGAGUUGAGAAGUAAAAUAAAAUGCAUUGCACUAAAUAAUAUUUUAUAAUUAGUAACGCAUAGUAGCUUUUUAAUUGUUUUACCAUUUAAAUACCCUUAAUGUUUUACCAGAGGGAGAUUUUGUACAAAAGUCGUUUGCUUGAGCACCUCUGUCCCAUUCGUGUUUCUACCGUGAAGCGGUUGUGUUUGCAUGGCUGUGUUUCGGUUUAAAGGGAUAUGGCAGUGAGUUUACAGGCUACAAAGGAAUAACACUUGAGUCCUCAGGGAUGGCAACGCAUGAGGGGUAUCAUGGGCGAAACUGUAUACUCUGUUAUGUCCAUGGUACUGCUCAUGUCUAUAGGCGACGGUUACCACUUUCCAUCAGGUGAGCCGUCAGCUUGUUUGCCAUUGUAAGUUGCAUAAAAUAAAAAUAAUAUUAACUAAUGUUAAAAAAUAGUUACAGUAUACAGGGUCUCAUACAGGGCCACGACCCAGUUGACCCUUUAUGAUUAGACACGAAUAAACUUAAACAAGUACAUUACUUAUAUGAGCACAAUUGUAUAUCAAUGGGACAGAGGUACCAUCAAGCAAUCGACUUUUGCACAAAGUCUCCCUCUGGUUGCCUUCUUUGUUAUAAAAAAAAGUCUAUUUAAAACUUUAAAUAUUGCCAAAUAAAAAUGACGACCUGAAACUAUUAAUUAUUUAAUAUUUCCCUCUUGACAUAAGAUUAAAUUAAUAAUUACAUUCUUUAAUCCUAAAUUUACUGUCUACUAAAAUAAAUCCACGAAAACAAAUAACAUUGAAAAACUGUACACUUCUUAACUAAUUGCUGAAUUAUAAAAUUUUGUAUCCCGAUUUGACAAAACCAACAUUCUAACUAGAGUUAGCGUAAAUUAGUGGAUUAAGUAUUAGAUUGAAGCGAAUGAGAUGUGGCGCAAGCCAGGCCUUACUGAUCAGGGAUGUCGCAAAGUUUAACGUAUGUACCCGUAGCGUAAACGUUAGUUUAAUCAUUUUGUACUCGUGUAAUGUAAAUAUAUCAAUAAAAAAACAAUGAUUAUGACCUAAGUCUAGCAUCUGCUUGCCGACGAUCGUUAACUGUAAUCUAUUAAGAUUCGUAAUAUGUAAUCGUGAUAAUAAAUGUAGGGUAUACCUUUAAAUUUAAAAUGUCCCGUUGUUUUGUAAUAGCACAAACUGCGAUUAAAUAAAGUGAUUCGAAAGUUG